AUGAUGGGUGAUUACUACCGCUAUAAGGCUGAGAACGCUAAAGGCACAGAUCACAAGGAGGUCGUGGACGCAUCGCUUGCAGCCUACGAAGAGGCGACGACG